GUUUUGCCAUAUAUGAACCAUGAUAUAACGUCUGGUUCGCCGCCUCGAAGACGGUUUCCCUUCUUUUCCCCUGUUGAUACCCCCGUCUUGUCGCUUGGAAAGAAAUUUUCACCAAGUUCUGUGACGUUUCGUCCUUUCGUUCUAAAUCAUAAUCCACAUUCGUUUUGACACCCGAAGAAGAGAAGAGAAAUCUUCGACCACCUUCACCGUUUCGUUCGCUUUCUUCAUAUAAUACCUUCUCUUCAACUUAAUAACUAAUUUAAAAUCUCUGUCAAAAUGGUCGCCAAAUCGAUAACUCUGCUCACUGCCUGCCUCUUUGGCAACUUGGCUGUCGCCGCGCUAGAAAAGCGCGCUGAUCCCACGCCUACAGUGAGCUUAUGGCUGCCUCAAGCCGACUUGAAGAACGAGGGCAUUACCCUUGGAGCGUCGGUGAUUGCCGCUCAACCCACAAUCACUUCUUAUGCCCUCUGCCCCAUCGGAAUCGACGUGAAUAUCUGCAAGGAGUCUGCUGGAAUAACCCUUGCCCAAGGUCCCAGCACAUACGAGCUGAUCAACACCAUCCAUGUUGCCGGAGCCGAAGGCAGGAAUGAAAUCAACUGCAAGCUUUUUGGCACCACUCGCGCCGAGUGCGUCGGCUCCGCCUCUGCUAGCAUCCGUGGUCGAGUUACAACCAUGGUGACCUCGACUGUUUUCACCAAUCCUGAGAUCAUGACCUUAGACCCCGUGCCCGUCACUGCUGGCGCCGAUAAACUCAAGAACAUUGCCCCCGCCACUACUGACGCAGAUGCUACUGGCGGUGCAGCCGCCACUGGUGGUGCAACCCCUACUGGUGACGCAACGGCCACUGCCGGUGGUGCAGACGCGACGGAUGUGAGCACGGGUGGUGUACCCCGGGUUACGGGAACGACUGGAUGGCUUGUCGGCGGUGUUGCUGCAGCUAUGGCUGCUGUUGUGGCGUUGUAAAGUGUUUAUCUGAAAGAUACCAUCAGCUAGCUGAUGAGGAUUUGAAUAUAUAAUCUAUUCUGUAUAUGUGGUUGACGUUGUGGCUUCCGAAGCGUGGAUCGAGGGUAGUA